AUGUCGAGGCGUUGGCUCACGAUAAAAGACAGUUUUAGCUUUAAACUUGUAACUGCAUGGGAAGGAUAUGGAGGAUGGACCAUGUGUUACACUACCGAUGAAUAUGUCAGACCUAAGAGUGAGGUCACAUACAACGCCCAGUUUCCUUAUGGAAGUGACGGCCACAGAACUGAUUGCAACAAUAUCCCAUUCAGAGAAAUCAUCUUUGAGGAUCACUCAACUGGAAAGAAGAUUUACUUCAAGUCACGAAACAAUCAAGCUAUUAAGGCCUCCCUCAAUUACGGAGAAUCUGCAUACUCCUAUGGGUUGUGGGACGGUGUGGGGGCUGAUCCAGCUUAUUCCUACCAGCUUCUGAUUUGUGAUGAUCCGUUCUACAGGGGCUUCCUGAUUUCUGCCCACACAGGGGGUUGUUUUAUGACAUGCACCUAUUGGUGCUCCGAUGUUAGUGCGUCAUUCUUCCGCACUGCGUUCACUAAUUCACAUGGCCAGAAGGGUGGCGUGGCAUUUGGUGAAAAAGGUCAUGAAGUCCAUGAUAAAAGACGCAUCAGUAUUGCCCUACGAUAA